CUUGCUGCAAGCGUCGGACUGAUGUUUUUUGGUUAAGUAAAAUGAAAUUACUAAGUCAAUUAAUUUUGCAGAGCGCUAUUUUUGUCUUGUUUAUCGACGAUUCCUUUUGUGCGCCACAUUUCAACGGAAAUAAACGGAUAAAACAUCAGAUUUCAGUUGAAACUGAAGAGUGUCCUACUGCCAAUUUAGAGGGAUUAUUGAUUCCCACCGAAGAGCUAAGCGAAACUCCAACCAAAAAAUUGGUGCAAGAAUUUAAUAAUCUGAAAGAUCAGUUAACCAAUUCUGUGGAGUCGACCCAACUCAACCAAACCAUUCUGAUGCAAGUAAAAGGCGUGUGGCAAAGUCUAGUUGACAGUAAUUCGAGUGAAUUGGGAUAUUCAUAUAACACUGUGAAGGAAUUGAGGAAGAACAUGGCUCAAAUACUUUUUAUUGCCCAGGAACGCUUCUGUGAGUCUCCGGAUGAAACGUUUUUCAACGGGCAGUGCCUUCCUAUUGGCAGUACUAAACACUGCCCAUCAGAUAAUAUGGAACUAGUUGACGGGUCAGAUAACAAUGGAUUUUGUGAUUGUUUAGACAUAGAAGGAGAGAACAGCUUAAGCAUAAUUUUUUCGGAUCGUACUGGCCAAUGCUAUUCACAAAAUACUCGGGGUCCUUGCAACGUUGGCGAAUGGUUUGUGCUGAAGGACAUUCCCCGGUGCGAAUCGAUUCCAGAUGAAUGUCCUGAUGAUGGCCGACACGUCUACGGAAAUGUGAAAGCCAAUUUCACUUUGGAUUCUUCAGAGGAAGAAGAUUAUUGCUGGGAAAUAGGAACAACAUGUCCUGAUGAAGUGUCAGUAGUAAAGGCGAGGAUAGACGACGACGGAAACUUGUAUGUAUAUUGUCAAUAUGACUGGACGCUACGCAGAAAACAAAUCGAGGAUUUAGUGCAAGACUUCAAAUAUCUUCAAGCUCAUUUUACAAAUUCUAUGGAAUCGAACCAACCACACCAAACCAUUCUAAUUCAAGUAAAAGCCGUAUGGCAACUUCUGGGUGGCAGCAGUAAUUUGGCGGAUGGUUUGAAUGGAGAUGCUAGUACAUAUGUAGAAAAUCUCACUCAGUUAGACUUGAAAAAGGACAUGGCUAAAAUACUUUUCGUUGCCCGGGAACGCUUCUGUGAGUCUCCGGAUGAAACGUUUUUCAACGGGCAGUGCCUUCCUAUUGGCAGUACUGAACACUGUCCAGCAGAUAAUACGAAACUAGUCGACGGACCAGAUAAUAAUGGAUUUUGUGACUGCUACGACACAGGAGAAAACAAGUUAAGGAAAAUAUUUUCGAAUCAAACUGCCCAAUGCUAUGCACAAAAUACUCAGGGUCCCUGCGUCGUUGGAGAAUGGUUUGUGCUGCUGGGGGGCAUACCCCGGUGCGAAUCGAUUCCAAAUGGAUGUCCAGAUGAUGGUCGGCACGUCUACGGAAAUAUCAAAGCCAAUUUCACUUCGGAUCCUUCAACAGAAGCAGAUUGCUGGAAAAUAGGACAAAAAUGUCCUGAUGAAGUGUCAGUAGUGGGGGUGCAGCAAGACAAAGACGGAAACUUGGAUGUAUAUUGUGAAUCACCUUAUUCUACUGUUACUAUAGCCUCUUCUUUUUAUGUGACCUUAGCUAAAGAUGAGAAGUGUCGUAAUGGUACGAGGCGUAGCAGGUCCAAGAAUUGUGUAGGCGGGUUUUUUGGUUAAAAACAAAUUUGCGGUGUUUUGAAUGGUCUUUAAUAGAAUCCGCUUUAUAAAUCCAAGCUUAUUACAUACACAUCAACUUCUCUUA